AUGCUACUGGCUGACAGAGCCCGGCCGGCCUCUACUCCGGUAGACAUGGCGGAGGUCAGGCUGAGGUUGUUGCGGAGAAGUGCACAGCUUCAGCUUGUAGAAGAUGUCAUCCCCAGUGUCAGGGCCCGGGAGGCUGUGCUGACUCCAUCUUGUAUGACUCCUGUUGGAUGUAACAGAGAAACAGCUGCCUGCGCUUCUAAAGAUAACCAUAGGAAGUGGACAUUAUGGCCCUCCACCCUUCCCAGGGGCCAAUGUAUGUGGGUGCCAGGUCAUAUGCCACUGAAGGCCACAUCGGGGGUCCGCUUCUACAGUCAGGGGCAUAGCCCCAGAGCAUCCUCCCACCAGACUGGGAGUUGCCGCCGUGUCCAUAACAGUGGAGCACUGGAGCCAGAUGUACCACUGUAUGCGACCCGCACCGGAUACUACGACAUCCUGGAGGUGACAGGGAAUGCCACACAAUCCCAGAUCAAGACAGCGUAUUACAAGCAGUCCUUCCGCUUCCACCCAGAUCGGAACGCUGGUGAUGUGGCUGCCACCCUGCGCUUUGGCCAGGUCACGGAGGCCUAUCAUGUCCUGGGCAGCACCAAUCUGAGGAAGAAGUAUGACCGUGGCAUCCUGAGCCCGGAGGAUGUCCGCACCGCCACAAAGCCUAGUGGGAAGAGCAGCAGCCCGUCACGUAAAGAGGCCACUGGCCAGAGACAGGCUUCAGGUGACUCAUCCACGCUGGCCAAACCAAUGUUUGACUUUGAUGCAUUUUACCAGGCGCACUACGGAGAACAAUUGGAAAGGGAGCGACUCUGGAAGCAAAGACGGGAAGAGAUUCAGAAGAAAAAACAGGAAAAGAACACAGCAAAAGAGCUGAACAUGGUGGUUGACGUGCUUCCUGUGCUAUUACUUCUGCCUGUACUCUUAAUGUACCUAUCCUUCAAGGGCUGA